UGAAAUACAAGAGUCACCCUGAAGUCAUUCCUCAGGGUUUGGCUGUGAUAUCUUCAUUGAAACCUCAGGCAGCAGCUUGCUUGCUCUAUUGCUUGGCUCACAUUCAUCUCCCUGUUUACUGUUCACUCUCGGCUAGAGAAAUUUCUUCUGUAGUGUGUAGAUUUGAUACAAGCGCGACAAUGGCAUCUGCGCUUCUCUCAUCAUCGUCUUCGUCUGCAGUCGUGUUGAAGCAGCAGCAUCUGGUUCUGUCCAGGCAUGGAUCCAGUUCCAUUGUCUCGUACAGAAGGAUUCACCCUCUUGUGUGCAGAGCAACCAAGGAAGGAGAUUCAGAUCAGGCAGCAGCAACAUCACCAGUUGAGAAGAAGGUUGCAGCAGCAAGUCCUGUGACUCCAAUCCAGACUCCUCCUCAGCCGAAGAAGCCUGAGGCAAGCUUCUCGGACCUGUUUGCGUUCUCUGGACCAGUGCCUGAGGCAGUAAAUGGAAGACUGGCCAUGCUCGGCUUCACCGCCGCCCUCGGUGUUGAGCUUGCUUCCGGGAGGGGCUUGCUUGGCCAACUCGACAAUGGUGGAAGCAGCUAUUUCGUUGGAGCAGCCUUGCUCUUCACGCUGGCUUCGUUGGUGCCUCUCUUCCAAGGAGUGAGUAUCGAGAAAGCUUCUGGUGGCAUUGGAGGAGUCUUCACUUCCAAAGCUGAGAGAUGGAACGGUAGAGCGGCCAUGCUUGGACUUGUGGCCUUGGGCAUCACGGAGUUUGUCAAAGGAAGCCCCCUUAUAUAAGAAACCUCUUCGCUAUGUAGAUGAGAUGAGCUCUCACAGAAAUCACAUGAUUAAAUGAGAGGGAAUUUUAUUCAA